GUGCGAUUAAGGAUUCUGUUCGCCCGUAGUCCUCUUUACUAGCCACACCGCACGAGAGUCAAUACAACACGGCACUCACGGAUUUGCCUUUGUUUUGUCGUGGCACCCUCUCUGUAUGGAUAUUGACAAUCCUGGAAGUGACACCUUGGGACUGCCCGUAUCAAAUUUCAGCGUCAAAUUUCCACUGCCAUACCGUGUCUUGUUUCUCCUAGGCUUAGGCGGCGCUUGUUGGGCCACUAACUUGCAAAUACUGGGUCUUGCAGGAAUAGAUGCCGCCCAAAUCCUCCAAACACGGUCUGACUCGCCUUCAGCGACUGCAGCACCUUUGCCACUUAGUCGAUCACCUUCUCCUCAGCAUGUAUUCAUCAACCCAUCAUAUAGCUCUCCACAUUCUAUAUACACAUCAAUUUAUGAGAUGAUUUCUGUUUAUCUUGGUCUUGUUGGUCUAAGCUGGGUUCUCUUUUCACUCGCAACGGGAGGAGAUCGGACACGCCUGGACGACUUCAAGAUUAUCCCCGCUUUUACAACCGUAGUGAUACUCUGUGCAGCCAUCAUGCCUAUAUCAGCUGUUCACAAGUUGCAUUGCUCGGUCCUAUACAAGUCUUUAUGGCGAUGUUUCUCAUCUCCCCCCACACAACCCGUGCACUUCUCGGAUGUCAUCGUUGCUGAUAUCCUCACCUCGUUCGCUAAAGUCCUUGGAGACUUGUGGAUAUUUGGUGUCACGCUUCUGCCAGGUGGCUCGUUGAGAUCCCAACCAAAGGCACAAGGUCUCUCGGAGAUCGCUAUCCCUUUGUUGAUGAGCUUCCCGUAUGUAGUCCGGUUUCGGCAAUGCGUCGUCGAGUAUAUGGGCUCGUCAGGUGACUCGCGCAGACCUCUGUACAACGCUGCCAAGUAUGCAACCGCCUUCCCUGUAAUACUUUUAUCCGCAUCGCAACGUCCAAUUGUUGACGAUGACCAAGGUAAUUCCUGGAGAACAGAAUACCCUCUGUUUCGCAUGUGGGUAAUUGCAGUUCUAGUAAACUCUGUCUAUUCUUUCUGGUGGGAUGUGACGAACGAUUGGGGCCUUUCACUGUUAUUGCCUCGUUUUGCUCCACCUCAUCUUCAGACUCGCGGAUCCAGUCCAUUAUACCAGGGUCUCGCAUCCAGUGAAGCGAUUGAUUUAUCCACCAACUUGCACUCCAGAAAACAAUCCACAACACCCGGGAGCCCAUUUCGUCCUUCAUCUCCUAUUGACCUUCAAAAUGAUGGCGGCUUUACCUCCUCUGCGCCCUCACGACCUCCCCGAGUAACACCAGGCUUACGGCAUCCACUACUCUUCCAAGAGCCCGUCAUCUAUUACCUCGCCAUCUUUUUCAACUUCCUCCUUCGAUUCACUUGGUCGUUAAAGCUUUCAUCUCACCUACACACAGUCGCGGAGUUAGAAUCUGGCGUAUUCCUAAUGGAGGCGCUAGAGCUUAUUCGGAGGUGGAUGUGGGUGUUUUUGAGAAUAGAAUGGGAGGCUGUGAAGAAAGGUUAUAAGAAUGCAAAUAUGGAAAAUGGGUUCAUUGUGGACGAGUGUCAUCGCGUUGAUGCGGCCCACAUACUAAGAGUGCGCCCUGAGGAACUGAGCAUGUUGCCGUUGGGUGUAAGAGCGGAACGAUCGUUUAAUAGACAGUAG